GGCAAUUCUAUUUAUGUACGUGACGUGGGCGUGGAACAUACCGUACCCAACUGAAGUCGACAUCCCAUUCCAACAUUAAUUCAACAAUUUUGGAGCUGUUUCAUUCAUUGAUUGCACUCAGUACUGAUCUGACAUCACCAUGAGUUAUCCAGGUUAUCCCCCAGCAGGAGGGCCAGGCUACCCCCCAGCAGGCCAACCUGGUUACCCCCCUGCUCCUGGUACAUACCCGCCAGCGGGAGGGGCUCCAGGCUACCCACCAGCCGGAGGUCCAGGCUAUCCCCCAACAACUGGCUACCCAACAGGUGCAGCUCCACCACCUGCUGGAGGAGCCCCCUACGGGGCGGCUCCAGGUUACCCCCCUGCAGGCGGAGCCGGAUACCCUCCUGCCCAAGGUUAUCCAGGUUAUCCUACUGGCCAGCCAGCAGCACCAGGCUUCGGUGCCCCACCUGCAGGCGGAGCCCCAGGUUACCCUCCAGCGGGAGGCUAUCCCCCAGCAGGGGGUUACCCAGGUCAACAGCCUCCAGCACCUGGGGGCUACCCGGGUCAGCAACCCCCACCGGCAGCCGGAGGUUACCCCGCCCCAGGACAGCAACCUCCACCAGCAGCUGGAGGCUACCCUGGUCAGCAACCACCUCAGCCAGGGUAUGGCCAACCUCCUGCACAAGGCUACCCUCAGCAGCCUCCAGCAGGUGGCUAUCCCGGUGCAGCACCAGCAGCAUACGCCACCGGCAGUGCGCCAGGGUACCCUGCCCAACCAGCCGGUGCUCAGCCUCCACCACCAUCAUCUCAACAGCUCUAUGGUGCUGCUGGUGCAACCGUCGCCGCUGCAGGUUUCGCAGCUCAAGCGCAGGACAAACCUAAGCCCAAGGCUCCUCCAGCAGUCCAGGAACCGGUGUCCUCUCAGCUCCAGAGGAUGGCCCUGACAGACCAACCGUUUGAGACCCACGGCACCGUCAGGCCAUACCAUCCCUUCGAUGCCGAGGCUGAUGCUGCUGUCCUCCGAAAAGCCAUGAAAGGAAUGGGAACGGACGAGCAACAAAUCAUCAAUCUCAUCACCACUCGUAACAACGACCAACGCCAGAAAAUCAAGCUCCAGUUCAAGACAAUGUACGGCAAGGACUUGAUUCAUGAUCUGAAAUCCGAGUUGAGUGGUAGACUGGAAGAUCUCAUCUUGGCCAUGUUUGUUCCAGGUCCUCAGUAUGAUGCCUAUGCUAUCAACAAGGCUAUUAAGGGUCUUGGUACGGAUGAAGAAAUAUUAAUUGAGGUCCUGUGCACCAGAACCAACAAGGAGAUACGAGAAAUCAAUGAGGAAUACCAGAAACAGUUCCGUACAACCAUGGAGAAAGAUUGCGUCGGUGACACCAGUGGACAUUUCAAGAGGCUUCUCGUCUCUAUGUGUCAGGGCAACCGCGACGAGUCAAACACCGUAGACAUGGCCAAGGCUCAAGCAGAAGCAAGUGCCUUGUAUCAAGCUGGAGAGAAGAAGUGGGGCACCGACGAGUCCGAGUUUAACCGUAUCCUAGCAACAAGGAACUUUGCUCAGCUCAGGGCCACGUUUAAUGAGUACACAAAGAUUGCCCAACGUGAUCUGUUGAAUAGCAUUGAAAGAGAGUUCUCUGGUAACAUCAAGAAUGGACUGAAAACAAUUGUGCAAUGUACAAAGAGCCGUCCAUCCUACUUUGCUGAUCGCCUCUACAGGUCCAUGAAGGGAGCCGGUACCGAUGACGAUACCUUGAUCCGAGUGGUGGUCAGUCGCUCCGAGAUUGAUUUGGUUGAGAUCAAGAAGGCAUUCCUGGAGAAAUAUCACAAGACUCUUAGCAAGAUGAUUUCUGGAGACACCAGCGGAGACUACAAGAAACUACUGCUGGCCCUGGUUGGACCUGACUGCUAGACAGGACUUGGACCACCUGAGCCUGACUUGGACCUUCCGGGCCUGAUUGGACAAGACUCUAUCGGGAUCAAGACUAGUCCAGAUCCUGACUGCCAUUGGUUCUUAUACAUUGUUCUUAUAAAAUGAUAUUCUAUUUAUACUUGUACCUUGUAGCGUAAAGGUUAAAAUCACUCUCAUGGAUGAUACUAAAUAUUAUGAUUGAUAUCUGUUGUAAGUCAGAGAUUUAUAAUUAUCCAUGUUAUAGAUUGUAUUCUUGAUUAUCUUUACAGAGUUUUGGAUUGGUUCCUAAGUCGGCAUAUGACUUAUUGUGUUGUGAUUGAUUGAAUCAUGCAGUAAUUGAUUGCAAAUAUGCAUUGCGAGAGAUUUGAUGUAAUCAAUUUAAAUCUCUAUACAACAUGGUCGUUUCUUUGUCUUCAUCAUCAGAAGAGUUUGUUUGUGUACCUCACUGGGAUAUGAGUCACUUUCAGCUAAAUCAAUUUUAAGUGGAAUUAAAUAGUCUGUGGAAUUUGAUUGGUCCACACAUAUUUAAAAUCCAUUUCUUUUCCUGUCAGUGACACAUCCUUUGGUCAACAAUUAAGUCACAGACCCAAAUCACUUUCUUAUUUUAUACAUAAAAAGUAGACUUUAUUUAGAAAGCUCUUAGAUCUUGCAACAAAAAGUCCAAAUCCAAGUUUUUAGUUUUAUCUUAGUUAUCCUGAGACAAGUUAACUCAUGUUUAUGUUGGAAUAGGAACUAGACCAAGAUCCGGCCUUUGUUAAGAACAUGUACAAGACCCAGAACCAAAACUAUCCCUAUAUAUCAGGUCAGGCAGGCCCGGGUAUAAGGUCCAUUGUGGACUUGCUCUACAGCAGGUACAUGUAUAGCAGAUGUUGCAAGAAACUUUUUUGAAAUCAAUUGCAUGUACAAAUUUGCAAGUGAUAUAAAUUUUACCUAUAUAUGUAUAACUUCUGUUGCUAGAAGCCAGACUAGUGGUCAAUGGCAAAAUUACAAUUGAUUACAAAAUUAUGAUUAAUCUGUGAUCCUAAAAUUGACAUGCAAUUGAUAGCCAAUUACUUGCAACACCACUUUAUAACAAAUCAGUCUUUGAUAAAGCGAAGGCUGUCCGUUAUUCAACUAAUAAACCUGCCCCAAGUAGUCAUAUACAUAAAAAAGUAGACUUUUAUUUAGAAAGCUCUUAGAUCU